CCUCUCUUAUUUCCUGCCUCUCAAUAACCACUGCACUUUCUGAACUUGUGCAUAGGGGUUUCAACUGUGUUCAUGUUCACAAAUGGAAUAUGCAGUGAUGCUUUUAGUGUUCAAACACAUGGCAUGUAUGCCACAAAGUUGCAUAUUGAAAACAUAAAAUACAUUUGACAACCAUGCAACAACAUGGUGAUUAAACCCUUGUACUCCCAAGCAUUAGACCAGUGUCUCUAAAAUUUAGUUCACUCAUUUAGCGAGGCAUCCUUUCAAGGUUCAUGGAUUCCUUUAAUACAGUAUCCAGCAUGGUUCUGUACAAUCAGUUAGAGCAUCUCUAGCAGAUCCCGCAAACCGGGCCAUCCGCUAAAAUAACCGCCGGUUUGUGGGAUCCAUCCCGUAUCCCCGGCCCGAGCAUAUCAGCCAAAUCGGGCCGUCCCGGAUUUUUUUUUGUGGGAUCCCGCAUCCGCGAGCCCAUUUCCUCCAUAUGUGCAGGAAUCCACCCGAUUUUGCCGGAUCCCCUUUCGGUUGGCGCGAAGCACUUCCGCCGGCUUCCGUUUCUUGCCUCCCGCCCCAAUGCCACCGCCCAUCCAUCCUCUGACCUCGCCAUUCGGCCUCGCAGCGCCGGAAUUCAGCCGGAUGGGGCCACCCACGCCGGGCCGGCCGCCCCGGCCUCUCACGGCUCCAACUUCUGCCGCCGCCGCCCUCAAGAGGAAGUGCCAAGGGAGCCAUCUCGUUCAAAGCGGCGCAGACGGCGCGGCACCACCGAGCGCCGCCCCUGCUCCGGUUCCACGCGCCCCGCCCAAGAGGAAGAAGACCGCCUCGACCGGCCCCGCCAAUGCGCGGGCGAAGCCUCCGAGGAAGAAGGCAAUCGCGCCAAGCGGUCGGGCUCCUCCUCCGCCUCCGGCCGACCGCGGCAUCCACAUUGAUGACAAAGCCGCCGGCCACGCCUACGACGUGUUCAAUGAAGCGGCCGGGAGCCAAAAUGUGCCCUACACAUAUACGGAGAUGUUGGCCGAGAGCAUGGUGAAUUUGAGUGCCCCUCUUGGCGAUUUCGAUGCAUCAUAUGUUGAGGUCGACGUGGAGGUGCACGAUGAGAAUGAAGAUGAUGAUGAUGUGCAAGAGAUCCUAGAGGCCGACUAUGAUGCUAGGUUGGGGAGGACCGGCAACUACAUGGAGACGAAGGAUGCAUGCUUAGUUAAAGCAUGGGAAAGCAUCCCUCUUGACUCCAUCACCGGCAAGGAUCAAACAUGUGGCAACUAUUGGCAAAGAAUUGAAGACAAAUUUCAUCAAAUGAUACCAUUCCCAUCCGGUCGGAGCUUGAAAGGCCUUCAAGGCCGUUGGAACACCAUCAACAAAGCUUGCUCCCGUUGGUUCGGAUGCUUGGAGCAAGUGUGGAAUGCACCACCAAGUGGCGUCACUAUUGAUGAUUAUGAUCGCAUCGCCAACGAGUACUACAACCAAAUCCCAGCCUCCAAUGUCCGGUAAUUCAAUCGUCAACAUUGUUGGAAAUGGCUCCGGUAUAAUGAGAAGUGGAGGGUGAGGGACAAGGGAUCCCCUUAAAAGAGGCAUCAAAAUGGAGGUUGAAGAUGAUGAUGAUAGUGAUGAUGCACCAAGAGGAGGAAGAAACAAGGGUAAGCCAGAUGGAAACAAGGAGAAAGCAAGAGUCAAGAGGAAUUCCGAGGCAAUCACUUUGAGGGAUCAAAUUGGUGAGAUAGCGAAGAUGGAGGAUAUGCUAGCCAAGCAUUGGGAUGCAAAAGUUGCCAUGGCCGAAAGAAAGAGAAGCACGAAGAGGAGAAAUGGGAAAAGAGGUGUGCCUUCGAGGAGCGCAAGCUCAUCCUAGAGGAGCAAAGGAGGAAGGACGAGAGGACCGCCGAGGAGGACCGGUUCAUGAUGAUGAAUCUAGAGAGCAUCGAUGCAAUGGCAAGAGAAUUUUGGGAGAUGAAAAGAAUGGAGAUCAUGCUCCGGAGGAAGAUGGAGCUCCAAAAUCUUAUGACCGGUGGUGGUGUUGGGUUUGGAGGGGGCUUUUCUUUCGGCAAUGGUGGUGGUGGCCUCGACAUGGGUGGAGGAGGUGGCUUCGGCAUGGUUGGUGGUGCUUCGGCAAGCCAAGUGAAUGGUGGUGAUGGUGGUCGUGCUCAAUCUCCGGUCCAAGUGAAUGGUGGUGAUGGUGGUGCUCACUCUCUGGUUCAAGUUCGUGAAGAUGGAGGUGCUCACUCUCCGGUUCAAGUUCGUGAAGAUGGUGGUGCGAGCUCUUCGGUCAAUGUGGAUGGUGGCGAUGGAGGUGCUAGGGGCAGUGUUGGUGGCAACGUUCUUCGCAACAAUGAGAAUGUUGCUUGAUUGAUCAAUGUCGUUUGAGCAUCUUUUGUCUUGUUUUAUCGCGCAUUCAUGAACCUAAACUUGAUACCUCGUUUGUUGCACAUGAUUUUGGAUGUGAUGAACUAGUAUGAUGAUCAACUAGUGAUGUAUAUAUAUGAUGAUGAACUUGCUAAAUAUUUGCUUAUUAUUGUAUUUGCGGGACGGCAAGCCCUCCGGCGCGGAAUAGAUCCCGCAAACGCGUCCCGCAAAACAUUUGCGGGACGGGUUUACGGGAACUGUUCCGCCGGAGCGCUCGCCGUCCCGUAAAUAAUUUUUGCGGGAGCCCUCAAACGACUUUUACGGCCCGGCCGUUUGCGGGGUCUGCUAGAGAUGCUCUUUGACGGAUAUUAUAGGGUUGAGGACAGAGAAUGGAAAGACUAGAUGACGCGUAAAAGUAUCCCCAAAAUUUUAUAUGCUAAAUUUUGUUCAGAUCCCUAAUUAUUUGUUUAAAAUACGCUAGGCUUGGCAGGGGGCUGCAGGUUACAUCGGCAUGUCUUUGUCGCCAAUCUGAGGAGAGCAUGACCCACCUACUGAUAGGUUGCCCUUUCUCCUGCACCUUAGGGCAUGAGGUGCUCUUGUGGAUCCACGGCACGACCUCCAGUUGUUGUGAUAUGGUGGCAUCAGGUCAUCCUCUCCACCCCAUCAGCGGUGCGGAAAGGCACGUAGUCGGUUGCCCUUGUUAGAGCUUCUCCCAGCGAUGCCUAGCACUUAGAAGUGUGGCAUUGUAAUUUAGGGUGUUGCCCCUUUUAGGGCUUGUACAGAGCUUGUUCUCUAUCGUGCAAGACUUCUGCAUUUUUCUCGAAAAAGAAAAAUAUAAUAGGGCAAACAUUGGACUGCAGCAAUUGUAUUCAACGGUUUGUUCCAUUUCUGCAUACUUCUUACAGGAAAUUAGUUUAGACACAAACCAUAUAGUGUAUGUAGAAAUUGUGGUGUGUAUAAUCCAUUCUGAGUUGAAUACUAAUUAGACAAAAAUCGCAGGAGUCUGUUCCUAACAUGAAAGUUAACACGUCAGGUCUUGCACACUGUGUCUGUUUUUUAGUGUUAAGGAGACAGUGAAAUAAAGUUACGGAUCUAACAUACUCCCUUGAAAAUCAAUUUCAUCAUUUUCAGCGCUGAUUGACAAUUGGCAUCAAAUUUACACAGAUUAUUAAAUUGUUACAUCAGAAGCAUUUUCUAGGUAAAAUGCUAAGAAUGGUUGUAACUUGAAGUUGUGCCAUAGAUCAUUCGUACUUCAUCGUGGUCUAGGUUGCUGAUCAGUCCUUUUAAGUUCCUAGCAAUGAUUGCAUCUCUUUUUUCUCUUAUUCUAUGCCCUACACUGCUUUUUUUAGUAGAACUGUAGGGGAGAGCCCUACAGUAUGAAUAGGAACGUAAGUUUGCAUCGUGAGGACUUGAACCCAGGUGGUAGGAUUGUACAUCCACUCCCCCAACCAAGUGUUACCAGUUUGUGAUUUUAUGAUCGUAAUUUGUGAUUUUACUUUGUUCUUGAGUGCAUUUUUUGUGGCUUCGUACUCAUGUUACCAGUUUUUCCAGGAGUUGAUGAAUCUGAAACAACUGGAUGAAGCU